GCAUCAGUGUCUGCGUUCAGACCGAAACUCAAAAACAUCCACUUCUACGUGAUCACCAAUUCGUGUAACCACAGAAACGAAAUAUGUUGGUCUAACUAGAUGACCUCAACAUAUGUUUGCUUCACAGUCUUCUUGUAAGCUAUAAAUACAUGCUUCUUGAUUGUGAGAAAUCGUCUCUCCGCUCAGCUAAUUCUCUUUUGAUAAGAAUGAUUGGCUACCUGCUUCUUAUAGCUAUUGCGAUUUCAGUCGUUGACAGCACAUAUAUCGACCAGAACCGUCUGUUGAACGGCGGUGAAGUUCAUCAUUCUUCUGAUCAAGUGUUACCCAACAAUCGUCUCGGUGGUAGUCAAUCUACUCAAAUUGAAAAACGAAGUUAUUUUUAUUAUUGGCGUUAUUUCUCUUGCUAUGUUACUUCAUGUUCAGAUUCAUACAAGUAUAAAAAAUCUCACUGAUUAUUUCAUUUUUCAUACAUUUAAAUAAAUAUUUGGUUAAACA